GCAGAGGUCAACGUCCCGCAGUAACCUGCUCGCGCAUCAUCACAUCACCCCACUCUCUGCUGUUUAAGCGUCUGUUGAGGCUGUGUGACCUCAUCAUGAUGUGAUUUUUCAUUAUCACCCGCGGAGACUGAGAUGCUCGAUUCACGGAAUUGAUCUAUCGACCUCUUGGACUCGACUUUGCCAGGAUUACGUGUCGGUUCAUCUCCGCCGUGUUCGCAGCCUGUUCAUGCCAUCCAGUCAUGGCUCAACAGGACGGUGCUGCCAAGAAGAACCCAGCUGUCGCGGCGCUGCACUCUCACUUCAUUGUGGGGUCGGUGUCGGAGGAGAACUCGGAGGACGAAAUCCAAGGGAAGGCAGACAUGCAGCUGGAGGAGAAGGAGCCGCGCUCUUUGUCCCCGUCCUCCGGCAGCUCGGACAGCACCUAUGAGAUGGGCUUCGAUCACUUGGACAGCGCCGUGCUCAACCUACGGCCAAGCAUGUCAGGGCUGCACCUAGUGAAGCAAGGCCGGGACCGUCGGCGUAUGGAUCAGCAGAGGGACUUCACUGUGGCUUCGCCAGCUGAAUUUGUCACACGCUUUGGUGGCAACAAGAUCAUUGAGAAGGUGCUUAUUGCCAACAAUGGCAUUGCAGCAGUCAAAUGCAUGCGUUCCAUCCGUCGCUGGGCCUAUGAGAUGUUUCGCAACGAAAGGGCCAUCCGCUUCGUUGUCAUGGUGACUCCAGAGGAUCUGAAGGCGAAUGCAGAGUACAUUAAAAUGGCAGAUCAUUAUGUGCCUGUGCCUGGAGGGACUAACAACAACAAUUACGCCAAUGUCGAGCUCAUCUUGGACAUUGCUAAACGCAUCCCUGUUCAGGCAGUGUGGGCUGGAUGGGGUCAUGCCUCAGAGAACCCCAAACUCCCAGAGCUGCUUCAGAAGAAUGGCAUUGCUUUCAUGGGCCCCCCAAGUCAGGCAAUGUGGGCUCUAGGGGACAAGAUUGCCUCUUCAGUCGUGGCUCAGACAGCUGGUAUUCCAACUCUGCCCUGGAGUGGAACAGGCCUCACAGUAGAAUGGACAGAGAACAGCCAAAAGAAGAAAGUCAUCAGUGUUCCUCCUGAUGUCUAUGAGUGUGGCUGCAUCCAUGAUGUAGAGGAUGGUCUAAAAGCUGCAGAAAAGAUUGGCUACCCUGUAAUGGUAAAGGCUUCAGAGGGAGGUGGCGGAAAAGGAAUCCGUAAGGUCAAUUGUGCUGAUGACUUCCCAAACCUCUUCAGACAGGUUCAGGCAGAGGUUCCCGGAUCGCCUAUUUUCAUCAUGCAGCUGGCCAAGCAUGCCCGCCACCUGGAGGUCCAGAUCUUGGCUGAUCAGUAUGGCAAUGCCAUUUCCCUGUUUGGCAGAGACUGUUCCGUCCAAAGACGCCACCAGAAGAUCAUAGAGGAAGCUCCUGCUACCAUUGCCACCUCUGAUGUGUUUGAGAAUAUGGAACGGUGUGCAGUGAAGCUGGCUAAGAUGGUGGGUUAUGUCAGUGCAGGUACAGUUGAGUACCUGUACAGUCAGGACAGCAGCUUCUACUUCCUGGAACUCAACCCUCGCCUGCAAGUGGAGCACCCCUGCACUGAGAUGGUGGCCGACGUCAACUUGCCUGCUGCCCAAAUGCAGAUUGCUAUGGGUAUUCCCCUUCACCGGAUCAAGGAUAUCAGGAUGCUUUACGGGGUCCAACCUUGGGGUGACUCUCCCAUUGAUUUUGAAGGUCUUUCCACAGCCCCCUCCCCACGAGGCCAUGUCAUUGCAGCGCGUAUCACCAGCGAAAAUCCAGAUGAGGGUUUCAAGCCAAGUUCUGGAACUGUGCAAGAGCUGAAUUUCCGCAGCAAUAAGAACGUAUGGGGCUACUUCAGUGUUGCAGCAGCUGGAGGGCUUCACGAGUUUGCAGACUCUCAGUUUGGACACUGCUUUUCUUGGGGAGAGAAUCGUGAAGAAGCCAUCUCAAACAUGGUGGUAGCUCUAAAGGAGCUGUCCAUCAGGGGGGACUUCAGGACCACAGUGGAAUACCUCAUUAAGCUACUGGAGACUGAGAGCUUUCAGCACAAUAGCAUUGACACAGGCUGGCUGGACAGGCUUAUCUCUGAGAAAAUGCAGGCAGAGCGUCCCGACACCAUGCUGGGAAUUGUGAGUGGGGCUCUUCAUGUGGCAGAUGUCAAUCUGAGGAACAGCGUUUCCAACUUCCUGCAUUCUCUGGAAAGGGGACAGGUUCUUCCAGCACACACGUUACUCAACACUGUGGAUGUGGAGUUGAUCUAUGAAGCUACGAAGUACGUCCUGACUGUGACACGUCAGUCUCCCAACUCCUACGUGGUCAUUAUGAACAAUUCAUAUGCUGAGGUGGACGUCCAUCGACUGAGUGAUGGAGGUCUUUUGCUGUCCUAUGAUGGCAGCAGCUGCACCACCUACAUGAAGGAAGAGGUGGACAGGUACCGUAUUACAAUUGGAAACAAGACUUGUGUUUUUGAAAAGGAGAAUGAUCCUUCGCUGCUGCGAUCCCCGUCAGCAGGAAAACUCAUUCAGUACACAGUCGAAGAUGGUGGACACGUGUUUGCUGGCCAGUGCUACGCUGAGAUAGAGGUGAUGAAGAUGGUGAUGACCCUUACUGCUGCAGAGUCCGGUUGUAUUCAUUAUGUGAAGCGGGCUGGAGCAGCACUGGAGCAGGGCUGCGUUAUCGCAAAACUGCAGCUGGAUGACCCGAGCAGAGUACAACAGGCAGAGCUGUACACAGGGGCCCUGCCUUCUGUCCAGGCAGUAGCUCUGCGAGGUGAGAAGCUGCACAGAGUCUUCCAUAACACACUGGAUCACCUUGUUCACAUAAUGAAUGGCUACUGUCUCCCCGAGCCCUUCUUCAGCAGCAAGUUAAAAGAGUGGGUUGAAAGGCUGAUGAAAACCAUGCGUGAUCCCUCUUUGCCACUGCUGGAACUCCAAGAAAUUAUGACCAGCGUGUCGGGUCGCAUCCCCCCCGCUGUGGAGAAGGCCAUAAAGAAGGAGAUGGCUCAGUAUGCUAGCAACAUCACCUCUGUGCUCUGCCAGUUCCCCAGCCAGCAGAUUGCGAACAUCCUGGACAGCCAUGCUGCUACUCUAAACAAGAAAUCGGAAAGAGAAGUGUUCUUCAUGAACACACAGAGUAUUGUCCAGCUGGUGCAGAAGUAUCGCAGUGGCAUUCGAGGUCAUAUGAAGGCUGUAGUAAUGGAUCUGCUCAGGCAGUACCUUAAAGUAGAAAUUCAGUUUCAGAAUGGACAUUAUGACAAGUGUGUGUUUGCACUGCGUGAGGAAAACAAAGGAGACUUGACCAAUGUGCUCCACUACAUUUUUUCCCACGCCCAAGUCACCAAGAAGAACCUGCUUGUUACCAUGCUCAUUGACCAACUGUGUGGCCGUGAUCCCACGCUCACUGAUGAACUGAUGACCAUCUUGACCGAGCUCACUCAGCUCAGCAAGACAACCAACGCCAAGGUGGCACUGCGCGCUCGGCAGGUGUUGAUAGCUUCCCAUCUUCCCUCCUAUGAGCUUCGACACAACCAGGUGGAAUCCAUCUUCCUGUCAGCUAUUGACAUGUAUGGACACCAGUUCUGCAUUGAAAACCUGCAGAAACUGAUCCUUUCAGAAACAUCAAUUUUUGAUGUUCUGCCCAACUUCUUCUAUCACAGUAAUCAGGUAGUCAGGAUGGCUGCACUUGAGGUGUACGUCCGCAGAGCGUACAUCGCCUAUGAGCUCAACAGUGUUCAGCAUCGACAGCUAAGAGACAACACAUGCGUAGUUGAGUUCCAGUUCAUGCUUCCCACCUCGCAUCCAAACAGAGGGAACAUCCCCACACUAAACAGGAGAAUGUCUGCUCCGUUCCUGGACAUAAUAAAAGCAGCGGGGACUAAAUUACAGACAACUAAGGACCUUAAAGCACAGGAUAAUAAAUCUAAGGAUGAUAACGCUGAGAAGAAAAGUUCCUCUGUUUUGGAAUCUGUGGACAGGAUGUCGUUCUCCUCCAACCUGAACCACUACGGCAUGGUUCACAUGGCCAGCGUGAGCGAUGUUCUGCUGGAUACAACUUUCACACCGCCUUGUCAACGCAUGGGAGCCAUGGUCUCCUUCCGCUCUUACCAGGAGUUCACCAGGAAUAUAACAGAUGUGCUGAGCUGCUUCUCUGACUCUCCCCCAUCGAGUCCAAGCUUCCCAGAGGGAGGGAAUCCAGUUCUGUACGGUGAAGAGGAGAACAAGAGUGCCCAGGAUGAGCCCAUCCAUAUACUGAAUGUGGCUAUAAAGACAGACAGUGACACUGAUGACGACGGACUGGCAGCCAUGUUCCGGGAUUUCACUCAGUCAAAGAAAUCUCUGCUGUUUGAACAUGGCGUUCGAAGACUCACUUUCCUUGUGGCGCAGAAGGAUUUCAGGAAGCAAAUCAACUGUGAGGUGGACCAAAGGUUUCAUAGAGAGUUCCCGAAAUUUUUCACAUUCCGCGCCAGGGACAAGUUCGAGGAGGACAGGAUCUAUCGCCAUUUGGAGCCAGCGCUCGCUUUCCAGUUGGAGCUCAACCGCAUGCGCAAUUUUGCCCUAACCGCCAUCCCAUGCGCCAACCACAAGAUGCACCUGUACCUGGGUGCAGCUCGCGUGGAAGUGGGCACCGAGGUCACGGACUACCGCUUCUUUGUACGAGCCAUCAUCCGCCACUCUGACCUGGUCACAAAGGAGGCCUCUUUCGAGUACCUUCACAAUGAGGCUGAGCGCUUGCUGCUGGAAGCCAUGGAUGAGUUGGAGGUGGCUUUCAACAACACAACUGUCCGAACUGACUGCAACCACAUCUUCCUCAACUUUGUUCCCACCGUCAUCAUGGACCCAUCAAAGAUUGAAGAGUCUGUGCGCUCAAUGGUCAUGCGUUAUGGCAGCCGCCUGUGGAAGCUGCGGGUUCUGCAGGCUGAACUGAAAAUCAACAUCCGCUUGACUCCAACAGGAAAGCAGAUCCCCAUCCGCCUAUUUCUCACUAAUGAAUCAGGCUACUACCUGGACAUCAGCUUAUACAAGGAGGUCACAGAUUCCCGAACGGGACAGGUGGGGCCUAAAGAUCGACAGAUCAUGUUCCAAGCAUAUGGAGACAAGCAGGGUCCGUUGCAUGGCAUGCUCAUCAACACUCCUUAUGUCACAAAGGACCUGCUGCAGUCCAAGCGCUUCCAGGCGCAGUCUCUGGGCACCACCUACGUCUACGACUUUCCAGAAAUGUUCAGACAGGCUCUGAAGAAGCUUUGGCACUCAUGCCAAACUUAUGCCCACUUACCCAAGUGCCCUCUUCCUUCUGAGCUACUCACCUUCACUGAGCUGGUUCUUGAUGCACAGGGGCAGCUGGUACAGAUGAACCGACUGCCAGGGGGAAACGAGAUUGGUAUGGUGGCAUGGAGGAUGACACUGCGAACCCCAGAGUAUCCAGCUGGACGCGAGAUCAUUGUCAUAAGUAAUGACAUCACCCACAAAAUCGGCUCGUUCGGGCCCCAGGAGGACGUGCUGUUCCAGCGAGCCUCAGAGAUGGCAAGAGAGAGUGGAAUCCCUCGAAUAUACAUAGCGGCGAACAGCGGCGCCCGCAUCGGCCUGGCAGAGGAGAUCAGGCACAUGUUCCAUGUGGCCUGGCAGGAUCCAGCAGACCCCUAUAAGGGCUUCAAGUAUCUCUACCUCACGCCUCAGGAUUACAAGAAGGUUUCGGCUCUGAACUCUGUGCAUUGCGAACAUGUGGAGGAUGAGGGAGAAUCUCGGUACAAGAUCACUGAUAUCAUUGGAAAAGAUGAAGGGCUGGGUGUGGAGAAUCUGAGGGGUUCUGGGAUGAUAGCUGGAGAGUCGUCUUUGGCCUAUGAGGAAAUCAUCACCAUGAACCUGGUCACAUGUCGAGCCAUAGGAAUUGGGGCCUAUCUGGUGAGACUUGGACAAAGAACCAUUCAAGUGGACAACUCGCAUAUCAUCCUUACUGGGGCUGGAGCACUCAACAAGGUUCUGGGCCGUGAGGUGUACACAUCCAACAACCAACUCGGUGGAAUUCAAAUUAUGCACAACAACGGUGUGACCCACUGCACAGUCAGCGACGAUUUUGAGGGAGUUUUCACUCUUCUGCAGUGGCUAGCCUACAUGCCCAAGUGUAAAUUUAGUCCAGUGCCCAUCCUCGCGGCCAAAGAUCCCAUAGAUCGGCUUGUGGAGUUUGUUCCCACCAAGGCUCCGUAUGACCCUCGCUGGAUGCUAGCAGGACGUCCUAGCCAAACUCCAAAGGGUUCCUGGCAGAGUGGGUUCUUUGACCACGGUUCCUUCAUGGAGAUCAUGCAGCCAUGGGCUCAGAGUGUGGUGGUAGGCAGAGCCAGACUGGGUGGAAUACCUACAGGAGUGGUUGCUGUGGAAACCAGGUCAGUAGAGCUGUCAAUCCCAGCCGAUCCAGCCAACUUGGACUCGGAGGCUAAGAUCAUCCAGCAGGCAGGACAGGUGUGGUUCCCAGAUUCUGCUUUCAAAACCGCUCAGGCCAUAAAGGACCUGAACCGUGAAGGUUUACCUCUCAUCGUGUUUUCCAACUGGAGAGGUUUUUCUGGUGGAAUGAAAGAUAUGUACGACCAGGUGCUGAAGUUUGGAGCCUACAUUGUGGAUGGGCUGAGGGAGUACAAGCAACCGGUGCUGGUUUAUAUUCCCCCGCAGGCGGAGCUCAGGGGAGGCUCCUGGGUGGUUAUAGAUCCCACUAUCAACCCUCGUCACAUGGAGAUGUACGCCGACAAGGACAGCCGAGGCGGAGUGUUGGAGCCUGAAGGAACCGUAGAGAUCAAGUUUAGGAGAAAGGACCUGGUGAAGACCAUGAGGAGGGUUGACCCGGUCUACAUGGGCUUAGCUGAAAGAUUGGGAACCCCAGAGCUAAGUCCUCCUGAUCGUAAAGAGCUGGAGACUAAGCUGAAGGAGCGGGAGGAGUUUCUCCUGCCCAUCUACCACCAGGUGGCCGUGCAGUUUGCAGAUCUACAUGACACCCCGGGUCGCAUGCAAGAGAAGGGCGUCAUCACGGACAUCCUGGAGUGGCAGACCUCCCGCCAGUUCUUCUACUGGCGUCUGCGGCGUCUGCUGCUGGAGGACACCGUGAAGAGGAAGAUCCAAGCAGCCAACAGCGAGCUGACGGACGGCCAGGUCCAGGCAAUGCUGCGCCGCUGGUUCGUGGAGGCAGAGGGGGCUGUGAAGGCCUAUCUGUGGGAUAACAACGAGGAGGUGGUGGGCUGGCUGGAGAGGCAGAUAGCGGAGGAGGAGGGCGCGCGCUCCGUCGUCGACGAGAACAUCAAGUACAUCCGCCGAGAUCACAUCCUCAAGCAGAUUCGCAGCCUCGUUCAAGCCAACCCAGAGGUCGCCAUGGAUUCCAUUGUACACAUGACCCAGCACAUUUCGCCCACGCAGAGGGCCGAGGUGGUCCGCAUCCUGUCCACUAUGGAGACGUCAGCCUCCUCCUAGUGCGAGCCUGGCCCUCUCCUCGGUGCCUGGCUGAACGGGUCCCGGCCAGAAUCGCAGCCAAAGAAGCCUGGCUCGGCAAGAGCUGCUGUACUGGAGCCUGCACUGGAAGCUGGAGGAGCCAACGUGAUGGGCCUUGGCACCUGCCAGGUUACUAAUGAGCUGUUGGCGAUGAUUCCCACGGAGAUAAAGUUCAGGUGAUUGACAUCAAUCAUGUGAUUUUGUACACUGUCUUACAGUGCAUAUACAUAUGCUAGUGAUUUACAUUCAAGUACAACUGAAAAAUACCUACAGUAAUGACUAAUCUAUAAUAGAAGAGGUUUAGAGUUUACAUAGUUGGCCCGAAUGGGUGUUUAUGUGCAACCUCUGUUCUUUGAAACUGGAGCUGCACAAUAAUACAUUUUAGAAUGUUGUGUUAAAACGCGCCUUGGUUUGUGACAUACGCUUGUUAAGAUUUGCACGUGUUUUGAUGACCAGCUUGACAAUGACAACACAUUGCUGGGGGUAUUACAAAGAAAAAGGGGUUUUAAACUCCCAAGUAGGAAGCACUUAGUUACUGAACAAAGGCGGGGAACACUAUAACAGCUUUGGACAGGGGAGCCCAGCAGGGAGCAGGGAAAAGGUCCCUUUUAGACCCCGACUGUGUCACAGUUAACCCUGCAGUGAGCAAUGGGCUGCUGGCCUUCCAACAAAACCACAGCUGUCCCUUCUGUUCCCACUCCCACCGUACACACACACACACACACACACACACACACACACACACACACGCGCUGCUUUACAUGCACUUUACUUCGCUGUGUUCUCCUGCACGCAGAAUCCAACCUGCACCGUCUGUCCCACAAUCAUACACAUGUAGACGCACAAGUGAUACAAACUGAGAGUUACAAAGGGUUUGGGGAAUUAAUAGUAGAUAAUAACACGUUUGUUCAGGUAAAUGUUUUCUUUGACUUGAGGUACUUUUGUGUUGCUUCUAAAAUCAUUCAUUUUUACUUUUUUAGUCAUUUGGUUUUUUUUGUUUUUUUUGUUUUUUUUUUACUAAAAACUAUUUUUUUAAUUCAAAUAACAUUAAAGUGGUUCAAUCUUGUCUAAAAUAACAAAGACGAGUGUUGACUGGACUGUAUGUUACAUGACAGGCCUGGUGUCUAAUUUCACUGCAAACCUCAUUAUCUCUUUAUUUAUUACUUAAAUGUAAUUUUGCUACACACUAGUCUUUGAAGUUGUGGGUCUUUGCAUCAUCGUUGGACUUGCGUCAUACAAAUUCUUACAGCCUCCAGGUUUUAUUUAAUCGUCACUACAAUAGAUUUCAAAAGGGGAAAGGUUUGACUGGAGGCACACAAACAUGUUACUUUAUUUUCAUUUUGUUGUACAGUAGUUUUUGUAGCGGUGUCAUGAGGUCAUUAACCCAAAUUUGUUUGAAAUUAGAUUUAAUUAAAGUGUGUGAUAAUUCUGAGCUUUUAAACUUUUAUUAAUAAAGCAGGCAAAAGAAAACGAUUGCUGGUAAAUAUUUUUUUUUAUGUUUUUGCUCCAUAUCUUGUAAUAUAUGACAAAUGCAAAUCAAUAAUAAAGCAAAUAGAAAUACAGUUGUUUUGUCAAAAUUUGCUUAAUGUGCAGUUGGUAAAUGGAACCUAAUGUGUUUAUUGAAAAGCUGCAGAGGGUAGGUUGUGUAUUGGAGUAUACAAGUCUUUUAAUAAUUAAAAGACAGCCACAAUGUAUGUGCAAUGUGAUCAAAUUACUGCUGACCGUUUCAGUUUGGUGCUUUUAAAAGGAAAAACUGUUUGAUUUGCAUAUGCUUCCAAUAAACAAGCAAACUGAUGUGGCUGUAUGGAAAAAACACUAAUCUCCCAUUCAGUCCUGUAAAAACAGCAAUACUAUGAGUGUAAAGCUGCUUCAUGCUCAGUGCUGUGCCUUCAUGUGCCUGUGUUGACAUGUAGUUCAGUUGCUUUAUAAGUAACUGUUUAAGCUGUCUAAGUGUGUCAGCCAAUUUAAUAAAGCUCACCCUACUUUACCCUG